AUGUCUAAAAUAUUACUGAUUGAACAACAUUGGAAGUUUUUGAGACGUAAUUUAGAUGCAUUCCCACAUAGUUACGGCAGUCUUGACUCGACUAGAGCAGUGUUGCUGUAUUUCACACUUCUACCAUUGAAUGUACUCGGAAAGCUCGAAGAAGAAAUUGAUAAUGAAACGAGGGAAAAAUUGAUACGUUGGAUAUAUCAAUUGCAGUUGACGAGGAGGUCAGGUGGGCGGUUUGUUGUUUUGCACGGAUGCGCUCUGAUUGGCGGCAUUCAAAUCCGGAACGCACACCCUUCCACGAGAUUCUUCCCGGACUUGUCCAGUGAGCACCCGUUGAACUACUAUAUUCCACAGUAUAAUCUUGCGACACAUUGGCGAAAACCUUUCUUAAUACCGCAUUCGAUUGGCUUCCCACACGUACUAUCAAGACCGUUGGAAUGGGAAUAUUUUUGGGCAAAUGCGCAAAAAAUCACGGGAGGGGCCGCGAUGAGGACACGUUUCGCAACGUUAAAAUCACAAAAUGUCGUGCCGUAUAGGGCACCGGGUCAGUGGUUGGUGGAUACCGCGGAAAAGCAACUGAAAAAUAGAAAUUUAUUGUGUGGUAUGGUGGAUUGUGUGCGAGGACGAAAUGCCAAUGUGGGAGGAGCUAGCCUCGAUGAUGAGGGGUGUGGUGGUGAACGAGUGGUUAGACUGUGGGCGGUUAGCGAGUUGACAGAUCGGCGGAAGAUGUGGGAGUAUUGCUGUCGGGUGAGGAGAAAUUCUGAUGAGGAGGACAGGGAGGGGGAUCUCGAGGAUGAGAUGUCGGAGAUGGUCAUUGGACAGUCGAGAACGGAGGAGAGUCGCAGAGCGGGGAAGUUGAGUAGGGGUAGGGCAGAUAGAGGCGGGCAAGAGGGUGAUGUGCACGGCGGUUAUGCGUUCGACUGGCGAUUAGAGGGUGUGAGAUUGGGAAAGGAUGGGGAAAGCCUUGGGCAGCUGGCGCCAUUUGAUGCUGAUGAAGAGACGGAGUUUGAUUGGGAUGCUCGAGAGGAGGGUGGCACGCAAUCAAGGCACUCUUCCGACACUGUUGAGCGCCGAACGACACGGCUCAGGGACUGUCGUCGCAAUGUCAGAACGGAUAUCUGCGGAGCAGAGCCUGUUCGAGCGAUUCAAUUGCCCGCCCCCGCAUUGCAAUUGAUAUCAUGGCCAGAUGACGCAACCGAUCCCCACGGCACUACCAAUACGCCAAGACUCCGCCCUCGACUGUUGAUUCGCACUGAGGAAUCGUUGUGUUUGUACGAUAUCGCCGGCGGGCGUGUACAUUCUCUGUACUCGGCGCCUGUCGAUUACGUCUCGCCCAUGCCCUAUAUGAGCCAAGAAUUGCUAUUCAUCGAUCACAGUGCAAAAAUAUGGUUCGGCGAUGUGGAAUUAAUGGGUGGGGCGGAUGUGCCAAAUGGCGGUAUCACAAACAACAGACUGGGACGUGUGAAGUGUGGUGCCGAAGAUAUAAAGUUUAACGAGCGUCUACAUGUAUUGGGCAUUACAAUAGUGGCGUUAUUGCAGUUGAUAUGCCCAUCUGAUCACCCACGAUUGAUCUAUGCUGCAAAUGAUGAGGAUGUUUGGGUGGUGGAUCUACGAGAUGGAAAGUCUCGUGGCUCAAUACUGUACAAAGUGCCCGAUUAUGAUGACACCAAAGACUGCGGUCAAGAAUUUACUUACGAAAAUGCAUUCCAAAGGCCAACGCUUCAGCACAUUACAUGCUUAAGUGAACGAAGGAGAAUGCUGCUGGCGGUGACCUCGAAUAAAUUCUGUUUGGUCGACGAGCGCAUGCCGGGUAUUCGUUAUUUGGAGCAGGCGCAUAGCAUUUUAGAGGGCGGAGACUAUGUUGUGUCGGCCCCUCGGUUUGCAUACGCCAAUGAAAGUGCCAAUGAUGGCGGCCGUUGUGCAUCAGUGGAUGGUUUCGUGUAUCCACUGUACGCAUUGCACAAUGUUGGACUGCCUGACGUGCAGCAGGUGUCCUUCUUUGAGCAUUGUUCGGGGCAAAGGUCAGCCUGCGAUGACACCGCACCGAGGCACUGGUCUGCCCUGUGCCAACCCUCCCGUCUCACCGAACCAAUUAACAUAGCACAUUUUCUGGAUGAACAAGCCAAAUACGGCAUAAGAUUGGGCUCUAGAGAACGUAGAAGGUGGUUUGGCGAUGGUCCUACACGAGCGAUUCACGUACAGGAUGGAGUGCUGGAGGCGGAGUCAUCCGGUGGGAGGCGUGGCAAAGAAAGGCAUUUAUUGCUCAGAAUGCUGUCAGAUGGUAGUUUAUGGUAUGAAUGGGUGUCGAUUCAAGACGAUCGCCGGUGGGAAGGGGAUGCGAUCGAGAAAGGGGUGCGGACAGUUAGCCAAAUGGUUGGGCGUGACUGGACGGUUGAAAGCAGAGUAGACGGGAGGAAUGGGGCGGGGCAAGAGCGAGCUGUUAAAAGCGGUCCAAUUUGGGAGCGAAACGUCAGUGAAAAUCUACUACAACAACCGGAAUCUUUGAUAACCCACUGGGACAUACUGCCAAAUAUGGGUGUAGCGUCACUCGCAGUGGGCGGUGCUUCGAAACGUCAGCGUCCCCAAUCGCCUGACAUAUUCGAUGAGGACGACGACGGCGACGAAGAGAGAGAGGGAGAGAACGAAGGCGGAGUCAUGGAAAUUGAUCAAGCCACGCCUCCUGGUAAUGUGUCCGGCAAAGUCGCUUCAAGAACCUCGAACAAGAGUUCAGGAACCGUUGUUGGCGGUGUUCACUCGCCGUCUCGCACCAAUUCAUCUCGAACUUCUGCGACUCUCUUCAUUCCUGGUCUUGUAACUUCCGGCGGCUCUCGAGCUGAACCCGAAACGUCCAGGUCAAUCCCCACCGAGCCGGCUAGCAGCUCCCCUCGAGAUGUGGAUAUGCUUCCCUCGUCAUAUCCACCCGUCACUCACUCCCAAGCUUCGAAUUGUUAUCCUCAAGCCGAACCUAUUACUGCGUUACGCAACGAAAAUGAGCAACUUCUGUCGAAUAUUGUGCUGAAAUGUUGGCAGAAAUAUACUUGA